AUGAGAAAUUCUAAAAUUGAUACCGUAUUAAAGAUGUUUAGAAAAGACGAAUUGGAUUCUAGGAAAAGACAGAGUAAACGAGAUGAAAACAUAAGGAAAAGGAUCGAACAUGAUUUGAACAAAAAACGGAAGAAUGUUCAUUCUACUUACAAUAGAAGAAAAGGAUUACCUGGUACAGUGUUAUCGCUUAGACCAUCGUCUCCCAUAAUUUGUAAGAAAACUUCAUCAGUAUUUGAAGUCAGUCAAAUAAUGACAGCCAAAAGAGAGAAUUGUAUUUUAGUGGUGGAUGAUAAAGGCGAUUUAAAGGGUAUUUUCACUGCUAAAGAUUUAGCUUUUAGAAUAGUAGGUUCAGGAUUGAAUGCUAAUAAUGUUACAAUCGAUCAAAUAAUGACACCUAAUCCAUUGAGUGUUAAUUCUAUAACACCUGCUUCCGAUGCUUUGACUUUGAUGGUAGAGAAAGGGUUCAGACAUUUGCCCAUAUUGGAUAAUGAAAGUAAUGAUAUAAUAGGUGUUUUAGAUAUAACCAAAUGUUACUCUCAACAGAUGGAAAAGUUGGAAAAAUUACACCAGUCGAGUAAGAAACUUUAUGAAGCUUUGGAUAAUGUUAAUUCCCAAUUAGGUAAUCAGAACCAACCAUUACAAGUAUUUAAAUACUUUGAAGAUUUAAAAGAUAAGAUGAAUGGACCAACAUUGGAUUCUGUUUUGGAUGAUUCUACUGUGCCUGUUUAUUGUUCCAUCAGAACUACAGUUUAUGAAGCUACAGUGUUGAUGAAACAACAUAAUACUACUGCAGUUUUGGUGAAAGAUUUAGAUGAUAAAGUCAAUGGUAUUUUCACUUCAAAAGAUGUUGUUUUAAGAGUCAUUGCUACUGGUUUAGAUCCUAAAAAUUGUUCUAUAAUAAGAGUUAUGACCCCUAAACCUGAUUUGGCUACUCAAACAUUAUCCAUUCAAGAAGCUUUGAGGAAAAUGUUUGAUGGUCAUUAUUUAAAUUUACCUGUCGUGGAUGAUGAUAAGGAAAUCAUUGGGAUUGUAGAUGUGUUAAAAUUAACUUAUGCCACAUUGAAUCAAAUAAAACAAAUAGACGGAGAGGAAGUUGAAAUGAGCCAGACUAUUACUGAAAAAGACGAGGGCCCCGCAUGGAAUAAGUUUUGGACUACUUUGAAUGACACUGACUCUUUCCAUUCAGAUACUAUUUCAAAUCCUCAGGAUUCAGCAUUACCUUCAGAAACAUUGAAUGUUGAUAUCCAGCCUUCAGAUUCUAUAAGUGUGACUGGGAGAAAGGAGUCAGCAAUGGUUGCCAGUGAUUCUAAAGUUUCAAUAAUACCUGACCAAUUUAUUUUCAAAUUUAAGUCUCCUCUGAUUGAGAAUCAUGUUCAUCGUAUUUUAGUUUCACCAACUGAAGGGAUCGAUAAGUUAAGGGAAUUAAUCGAUUCCAAACUUCAACCUUCAGAUUAUGAAGCAUUAAAUGUCCCCACAGAUUUCAAAUAUGCCAUCAGUUAUGUCGAUGAUGAAGGAGAUAUCGUUUCCAUAACAUCUGACCAUGACAUGAUAGACUGUAUCAGAAUACAUAGUUCCAAGAGUGAUAAAGCUAACUUAUACCUCCAUGAUCCUUUCAAGCCAUUACACAAAGAAGCUAUUAAAAGAAAAUCUGGAGUUUUAGUAAGUAAUGAGAUGUUAAUUGGUGGAAGUUUAAUGAUUAUAGGAUUGAGUGCCUUAAUAGGAUAUGCUCUUAGAAGAAAUUAA